GGACUUUUCCGAGCUCCGUGUAGUCGAGCAGAAGUCUCGCGUCAUUCGCUUCCGAAGGCGACCGUCUCGGUCAUAGUGCCUGGCUGUGUUUUAAAGCACUGGGCUGGCGAAUAGUCGACUGUCCUUAUUUCGCCAUAAACUCACUGUCGAUCAGCCUCCUGAGCCGUGAGGGUUUUAUCGGAACCAAUUAGGACGACAAGAAAAGAAAAUCCUUCCCGAUGCUUGAGCCUCCACUUCAAGUAGACGAGAUAUAUGUUGGGUAAAGGGGCAAAGCGGAAACUAGAUGAGGAUGAAGACGGGCUGGAAGGCAAAGCGAUGGCGGCAGGAGUCAGAGCCGGAGUUACUGGCGACGGUCUCUCCAAGGUCUCCUACACCCUACAACGGCAGACCAUCUUCAACAUGUCCCUCAUGAAGCUCUACAACCACCGCGCGCUCACUGAGCCCAGCUUGGAGAAACGUGUGCUCAUCAACAACAUGCUGAGGCGCAUCCAGGACGAGCUAAAGCAGGAAGGCAACUUGCGGCCGCUCUUCUUUCCCCCCUCUCCUCCUCCCGAUGACCCCGUUGAUGAAGGUUUUCGCGAGGCGCAGCCCGCAUUCAGCGUCCUGUCAAUGGUGGCGUCGUCCCCCACCCAGUCGCCGGCACCGUCCUCCCCGAUCCUUGCGCCCCCCUCUCCAGAACUGUCAAACACAUCCCCCCUGGAAGCUUGUCUCACCCCUGCUUCGCUUUUAGAAGAGGACAGCGUGACGCUUUGCAGGUCGCCAUCUCCCUUAGCUCCCACACUUUCUACUUCUGCAGCCAGAGACAGCUUCUCUUCUGCCCUGGAUGAGAUUGAGGAACUCUGUCCACCACCCUCACCAACAGCUACGACAGCGCCCGGUGCCACCAGUCCAUCCGCCCUCACAGUGGCCCUUCAGAUGCCAUUGCUGCCCACAAACUUAAACUCAGGGGCUUUAGACUCCAAAGACUGCAGUAAACCCUGCAGCCCAAAGCUUGAAGGACCGGUCCCGCUGCCCGAGGAACGAUCGGCGGUCCCAACCGAGUCCAGGUUGCUGGAGACUCUUCCUCCUAAUAACCUGGACAUGAGCACCUCGCUGUCUUCCUCUUCCUCAGGCUUUCUAACAGACCUGGCCCUGGAUGACAUUCUGUUUGCAGAUAUCGACACCUCCAUGUACGAUUUCGACCCCUGCACCUCUUCCUCGGGUGCCGCCCCCUCCAAACUGGCGCCAAUGGUGACGGCAGAUGAACUCCUGAAGAGUCUUUCACCCUACAGCGGUGCUUCUCCUUCUGUCACCUCAAACCAGCCUUUCAAAAUGGACCUCACCGAACUGGACCAUAUUAUGGAGGUGCUUGUGGGAUCAUGAGCAGGUUGGGGGCCGAUGCAAAACCAAUCAGAGUUUUAAAAACAAACUGCGAAAGAAACUGAAGAAUCAUGUGUUUUUGUACAGUUUAGGAUCUGUUGUUUUUAAUGACAAGGAACGGUUUUAAAGGUGAUGUUGCCCAGUACUAUUUCUCAACACUGUGCAUGCACUGUGCUUGCCUUUUCCAAAACUGAACAUGAAGUUAUCUAUGGAACACACUUUGGCUUCUUAGUGCCUUCAUCAUUUAUGACCACUUGGUAAACUCUCUGCAUCUAUUCGUCUUGCCUUUUUCCUCAUCAUUUCUUAUCAAACUAGACAGAUCGCCGGAGAAGGACUAGUAUUUAUUAUUUGCCUUCCUCAGAAUACAGGUGCAAGAAUGUGCAACGGCAGCCCAAUUUUUGUGUUCUUUCAUUUUCACUAAGCACAAUAAUUUUAUGUUCAUGUUUGUCAGAGCUGUGUGAUGCUUAAUGGCAUUUUAGUGAUAUUUAUAAUGAUCUGUGUUUUAUUUGUGGUUCAUGUUCGUUCGUCUUCUUUUGUUUCACUGUCCUUUUAACUUUCUUACGUGAAACAUAUACAUUUAUGAAAUGUAUGCUUUUACGGAACAGGCUUUACCGGUUUAUUUAUACAGUACAUGGAUGUGUUGAGUGGUCGGAUAUUUACAGUCAACCAAAUUUUCUUGUGAUCUGCCGUAAUGGCUCAGAUUCAAGGUGUUUACAUCUCAGCAGGCAAUAAGUGACAUUUUUCUUUCUGGUGCACAUUUUACAGAUACAUUUCUUUGAUACGAUGUGUUUUCCUGAGCUGGAAAUUACCAAGCCAAUGCUAAAACCCCUUUAUGCUAUAAGUAAUGAAUGCAAUCAAUGCUUUUCUGAUCAGAACUGUCUCUCAUUUUCUUGUUAUCUGUGUCAAGGCAUCACUUUAACUUCUUUUUUGGCUUUAGUUGAGGCAUUAUAUCAUCAUUCUGAAACAGUGGCUCUUUUUGUUGUAGUCCUACACUAAUGCAUGGCAAAAAGGUCUGUGCAUGUCUGUUCAUGCCGAGAAGAAAAACUCCACAGACACGUAAGUUGGUGGUUGCUAUUUUGUGAGUCCAAUUUCUAUCAUCUUCUGUUUGCCAAAUGUAUGUCUGUCAGCAGUGCAACGGUACAUUUCUGUUAACAUACUAAUGCAUGCAGGAUUAUAGCUCAUAAAUGUACAGAUGUCAGAUGUAUGGUUUGGUCUUAUUUUAUCUUAUUUAUACCGUUGUUUGUUUGAGUUUAAAUUAAUAUAAUUUGUUCAUGUUUAAAGCAAAUUCUCUCUCUGUUGCCUCCUGGGUUUUGGUGUUGUUUGGCCAGUAGAAAUGGUCACUUUUAGUUCAAAGGGUAUGCUCAAAUUCUUGCAUUUGUUUACCAGUAGGGUUCAUUUAUCUUUUCAAGUGGUGUUUCAGGAGCAGUGGAGUUGGGACAGUCCCUAGCUGUUGAAGAGUAUUUUGCAUGUAUGUGCAAUAGUAAGCAUUGUAUUGUCGCUAAGAGGAGUUUAAACCACUGAAUUCAGAUUGGUUGGAAUCUUUGAUUAUUUUUGUGCACUUCAUGAUUAUGUCUAAUUGAAAGGGACCAAGUUUUCAUAUCAGUUUUAUAAGUUUGACAAAGCUGCACUACACGUGUUAUGCAUACCGAAACAAUCUGUGCUAAUAAACAUUUAUGUGGGUCAAUAUCAUUGCGAUGUGCAAUGUCAGAGAAAAGUGUAAAUCUUUUUUAUAAAUUUAAAUCUUACGAUAUUUUCAUAACAGGUGUUUCAGGUGUGACCAUUUAAAAUCUGACAUUUGAGCCUGGUUCAGAGAGGCUUUUGUCAGGGCCACAGUUUGAAUUUGUUACAACCCAGAAGUCAAAAGAGAGAAUUUCUGUGAACAUGAGUGAAUACGUGAGCCGAGCGGACAAUACUAUGGAAUCAAAAUUAUGAUUAAUAUUACUUAUAGGAAUUUUUGGAUUUGGAGUGAUUGUUUUUAUUUUAAGUUAUUUAUUUUUUUGUUUCCUGUGUAAAUAUAUUUAUUUUGAUGUUAAGCUAACAUGCUGAUUGUAAUUUGUACAGAAUUUGAGAUAGGAAUGUAUUAUGCUUACGGGAAUGUAUCACUGCUUAUUAAUUGGGGUGGAAGCCAUUUUUCAUCUUGUUUUAAUAAUGUAUUGUUAAAUUUUUUUUGUGUUGGUUUAUUUUCGUGUAUUAUAAUUUAGGGUGGUGUUUGUGCUCAUCUCUAGGUCAACACUCCCUGCCCUAUUUAAUUUUGAGUAUUUAAUGUUUUAUGUGUUUCAGAGAGCGUGCAAGGGAAAGGUUUGUAAAGCAAUACUUUAUUCUCUACAAACUUCAGAAUUACAAUCUUCCAAAGCCUAUUUCUGGGAAAAUCUUUUGAUAACCCUCAAUGCCAAAUGUAAAAAGAACGCAGCAUGUUUCUGAUGUUGGUGGUUGUUUUUAAAUGGUAUCUCAAUGUCUUCAUCCGGUAUUACAGUCUUCAUCUUAUGGUUCAAGCCAUGCAUUUGGGGAAGUCAAAGUGAAGUGGUUUCAGGAUAGUGACCACUGGGAUUAAUUGUGUGUGUGUAUGUGUGCGUGCGUGCGUGUGAGAGAGACAAACAUGAGGUUUGUGGGAUCUGAACCUUUUGUCUGCUUAUUAAGAAAGGCUGUAUCUUCAAGCCUUGGAGCUGUGCCUUUUUCUAUGCAAUAUUACCGACAUUCAUUUUGAGAAAAAUAACCCAUCAACUGAUGAUCACUGUAUUUGCAUCAAGAAAUGGACUGUAGAAUAUAUAUAAAAUAUGGACAUGUGUCUAUGAAUUUGAAACAGUCUUACUUUUCUAGUUUUAUAUCAUACA